CGCGACUCGCUUCCGGAAGUGACGUACAGAAGGGUGCCCAAGACGAAACAAUGGCCCAGGAGGCCGCGGGAUGGCCGCCGGAGGAAACGCUGUCACUGUGGAAACGGGAGCAAGCUCGGCUGAAGGCCCGCGUCGUAGACAGGGACACCGAGGCGUGGCAGCGAGACCCCGCCUUCUCGGGUCUGCGGAGGGUCGGGGGCGUUGACGUGUCCUUCGUGAAAGGGGACAGUGUCCGCGCUUGUGCCUCCCUGGUGGUACUCAGCUACCCUGAGCUCGAGGUGUUGUACGAGGAGAGCCGCAUGGUCAGCCUCACAGCCCCCUACGUGUCUGGCUUCCUGGCCUUCCGAGAGGUGCCCUUCUUGCUGGAGCUGGUGCAGCAGCUGCGGGAGAAGGAGCCGGGCCUCAUGCCCCAGGGAUGGCCCUGUCUUGAGGGCCAAGGGCCAGCUCCGCUGACUGCGACUCUCCCCAUGGCUCCACAGGUCCUUCUUGUGGAUGGAAACGGGGUGCUCCACCACCGAGGUUUUGGGGUGGCCUGCCACCUUGGCGUCCUUACAGACCUGCCUUGCGUUGGGGUGGCCAAGAAACUUCUACAGGUGGAUGGGCUGGAGAACAACGCCCUGCACAAGGAGAAGAUCCGACUCCUGCAGACUCGAGGAGACUCGUUCCCUCUGCUGGGAGACUCUGGGACUGUCCUGGGAAUGGCCCUGAGGAGCCAUGACCGCAGCACCAGGCCCCUCUACGUCUCCGUGGGCCACAGAAUGAGCCUGGAGGCAGCUGUGCGCCUGACUUGCUGCUGCUGCAGGUUCCGGAUCCCAGAGCCCGUGCGCCAGGCUGACAUCUGCUCCCGAGAGCACAUCCGCAAGUCGCUGGGACUCCCCAGGCCACCCACACCGAGGAGCCCGACGCAGAGGCCAGUGGCAUGCCCCAGAGGAGACUCUGGAGAGUUCUCAGGUGAGGGCCGGCCCCCACAGGACCACAGCCCAGGCCCCAGGACAGCCCCAAGGCCAGGCUCCCAGGAGCAGGAGGGCAAGGACUGGCAGUAGGGUGGAACUGGGCGCCAUGAAGACACGAAGGCCACUGGCCACCUCGUUCUGGCCUCAGGACACUGACCACCCCUGGGGAUGGUCUAGGGACUUAGGGGAACCUCACCUCAGCCGCAGGUAGAGCACCCAGUCCCCAAAGACAGGCUGACCGCACCAGCCCGGGGGAUGCCACAGCACAGCCCAGUGCCAGGUGGGGUAGAGGCGACCACAGCCCCUCUUCGCCCCGUCAUCGGCUGCUCAGCUGUGGUCACGGUGCUCAGAGGACAGAUCUCGAUGGGGGCAAGUGCCAGACCCUGAGAGUGCGCGAGACGCUUUCCUGGAGCCCACAAAGGGGACUCAGAGCUACAGCCUGCACGAGCCCUGCAGCCUCUGCGUUGCCCGCCCCUUUCAAUAGAUAGGACUUGCUUGCUCUUUUUU